AUGCGGGGCUUCUUCCAUCUCAAGGACGUCUCAGUUGGAUUUCCACGGAGAGUCGAAACUGAGGAUUCCCAGAACAGCCCCUUGAAGGGUCGCCUGCAACGAGCGCUGGCACUACGGCGUGCCAGCCAGACAGACUCUUGGCACUCUUGUUUCUUUGAAAGGAGCCAAGAAAGGAAGGCCACUUGCCACGUCGACAUCAUUGAGGGGCGUCCAGUAAGCAAGGCUGAGCGGGAGAAGUGGGACACAGCCUUCGCACGUUACCAAAUGGAUGGAGAGAUCCACAUUGACGACCUAAAGGGGGCGCUGGUGAUGUGUUCCUGGGCAGAUUAUGUGCUUUGUGCGUAUCAGGACGAGUUCUACCUUUUCGUAUGCCGUUUUGAAGCAGGGCUACAUGAGACCUACGAGUUUGAGUUCAGCCAGCUAGACACUUGUGGAGAGGGCACCAUUGAUGUGCUUCAGCUUGAACAGCUCCUGCGCCGCAUAGGGCAGCCAGUGCGCAGGUUUGUGCUUCGGGAGUUGGUGAUGGAAGUUGGCACCGACGGCGCUGGUCUCGUUGAUCUCAGUGGGUUUCGAAAGAUCCAGCAUCUCAUCCGGAAGCGUGAAGGCUUCACGACCAAAGAGCUGGACUCCUUUGAUCGGGUCUUCCAGCGGGUCGACCGGGACGGGAGCGACACGAUGAGCGCCAGCGAGUUCGCCAAUGCGUUGACCUGGUUGGGCUUCCCCUACCGAGCUGAGAAGCUCCAGGAGUUCCAUCGGCAAAGUGACGUAGAUGGGGAUGGCGAGCUGAGCGAAGGGGAGUUCAUUGCCUGCCUUCGGAGAGUACUGGAUGAGGAGAUGGAGCAAGUGGAGGCAUUUUUAAACAAAGCCCGUCCUUGCACAGGUGGCCGGCUGAAAGCCUUCAUCCACGGCUUGGGCUAUUCAUCCUCCCCGCAGGCGAUUCUGGAUACGCUAUCCGAGACGGUAGAUGUUGGGACACAGGUGGGUCAAGCCAGCUUGCAAGAGAUGACAUUGGAUCUGAGUGUGGACGACGUCUGCAAAGUAUUGAGUAGCUUGCGGGCAUGUGACGGCUUCACCUACAGUGAGUUGAGGGAGGUGAAGAUGGCCUUCAACCUCGCCAACCCGGAGAAGCAGGACCUCCAUCGCUUCAGAGAGCAACUGCAAGCUCCAGCCAUCAGCAGGGCUCUUAGAAUUCUGGGGCACCCUUUGCCUUUGCCAGAGAUCUUGCGGCUCAUUGCGGAGGCUGAGGAGGUGGAAGUUGAGACUCCUUCCAAAGGAAGGAGGCGAGAGCCAUGGCAGGUUGUGGCGGUGGUGGAUGUGCCUGAGUCAGAGUCUCUUCGGGUGGCUGGGCACAAGUGGGAAAACUACAUGCCGGGUAUUGCAGUGGUGUCGAGUGAGCCAGCAUUCUUGCAUUGUUUUGGCGCUUCAGACAAGGAGGAUAUCCUAUGCCUGGCUCCUGCUUCGAAAGGUCGACGUUGCCGCAAAAAGCGCGUUGUGGGAAACUACUGCAAGCAGCACUAUCAGGAGUGGUCAGCCUUGGAGAAGAAGAAGAAGAUUUGUGAUGCCGUGCCGAAGGACAACUGGGAGCAAGAGCAAUUGAACCUGGCUUUAGAAGUGUCUUCCCAGCAGAGCGCGGAAGCCAGAGAUGCUCUCAUUGUGAGCCAAGCUGCUGUUACCGCCCGCUUGCAGCAUGUUGCGCACAUGGAAGUGGAUGGCUCCUAUGGGUCCGAAUGCACAUUGCAAGCAGCAGCGCAUUUGUUCCUCCGGCCAGUGCAGGUCAUUGGGGAAAACCCAGAGAUAGAUCGCAAGUUUCUUCCUCCAGAGUCAGUUAUGGAGGAGAUUUGGGGGCCAGAGGUUGUACUGGCCUAUGUCGCUUGGAACCACUACGAAGCGACUGCUGCCUUGGCAAACGUCAAGACCCAGCUGGCGAAGCAGCUUCGGCGGACCAGCGGAGCAGCGACGAGCGGACGAGCGGACCAGCAGUGCAGGCAACGACCAGCGGAUAGCUUCGCCUUGCUGCUUCGCCGCUUGGCAUUUGGAGGAGAGCUACCUGAGUUGAACUGCUUCAUGUUGUCCGCCACCUUCGGCUUCAGUGUCCCCUGGUUGCAACAGUUUCACGUACGCAGGGUGAGGCAACAUGCGUCUUUCACAAGUGAAGCAGAUGUGCUCGGCGCGCAGGCAGCUUACAAUUCCCAGCUCCAUCUCUUACCAACAGCUCGAUUGCGGCUUCUCAUUAGCCAGGGGUGGUUUGCUUGGCGUCUCCUCACCCGGGUGCACCAAAGCAAUUUGGACCUAGCAUCUUUUGAUUUCUUGCGGCCCAUGGAGGACAUGAUUGGCUUAUUCUUGCCGCAGUUGCAAAGAGAAUUUGGCAGGACUACCUUGGAGGAAGCCCAAAAAGCCACGAUGCGCUGUGACGUUGUUGUGCUCGAUGGCAAUGCAAAAAAUCGUCGAGCUGUUUGCGGGGCCUCAUUGGCCGGAGAAACUUUUUCCAAGGAAUUGCGCCGGGUGGUCCGCCACAACUGUGCCAAUACUCCCGCUUUUCGGAGAUGCUUCUGUCCCGCCCAUUGCAGUCAAGAUGAUCAAUUCCAGGAAGUGACCAUUCUUCAGCACAAGCUCAUCAAUGACGGACAGUGCUUGAUGGUCUUGCUGAAAGAGACUGUGGAGCCUCAAAGAGAAGCUUGGGUAUCCGAUUCUGCAGUUCCAGCGUCUGUCCUGUCCAACUAUUUGCAGCAAGUGGGCGAGGCGAAGUUGAAACCCAGCAAACGCCCACGGCGAGAAGAGGAGGCAGACGGCAGAGGCGGCUCUUCCUCAUCGCUUGGACCUUCGAUGCUUGCGAGUUUAACGUCGCAAGAGAUUGGGCGCUCGUCCGACCCAACAGAUUUGCAGUGCGUGACUUGCUGCACACACAAGGAAGGCAGCGCCGCUCAAAGGCAGCUUGCCAAAUCUGCUGGAAUGUUGUGGGCGUGUUUGUCUGAGGGUUUGAUUUUGCACAUGCAAGAAAUCUACGGCUGUGAGUCGUUGAGCCAGAGAUACCUAUGUCUGGCGUCUGUGAAAGCCCUCUUGCCGUCCCUUCGCGUGGUGGUCCACGAUGAUGCUUGCCAUUUGCACAAGUACGAUUCAGAAGCUGCUGCCCAGAUAGCCCCGCCAGAGAUGAAGUACGUGUGCGACAAGUUCCACAUGGCUGGCCAUACCGAUGCUUGGUGUAAAGAGACGUUUCUGGGGCCCUUGUCUGGAGCCCACGAAGACAGACAGUACAUCCCUGCCAUGAAUUUGAUGUGGGAUGAAGUGGACAAGUGCUUCGACCCAAGCUACAUCCUUGGAGAAGCUGGGCACCGCUUCUGCCAAACAUACGCUGUUAGGGCAGCCCAUGCAGAAUUUCCUUACGCCCUCCACUGCUUGUCGCUGAUGUGUGCUCUUGUGAACGGUGCCAAAGUGGCUGUCUUUGCUACCUCGCCAUCGCCUUUGACGUUGGUUGCAAUUAAUGUCAACUACGCCCAGACGAGAAAAUCAUCCUUGACAGGACAUGCAGAGGCUUGUGGGCAGGAGUUGGACGCAGUCAUCUUGACGAACGCGGAGUCCAAGCUGGCGACAUAUUGUGUGGAAGAAGGAGUGGUUCCAUCGAUGCUCGGGCGAUUGGAACCAGGUGGCCGAUGCUGGUUUGGCUUGCUGGGGAAUUUUGAUGAGGCCUACGACUUCCUGCUCAGCUUGGGUCUCUUGUCCGAUGGGCCUGCGUCCAAGGAGAAAGCCAAGGCAAGGGUGAACCCGUACCAGAGUGCCUUCAACAAGCUCUUGCAGUUUGGAACCAGCGCUCGCGCCACGAAAACGAAUGGGAGCUAUGGAGAGAAGCUUGCUAGAACCGUUAGCGUGGGGAUCACUUGCAAUAUGCACCCUGCGCAAUACAUCCCUAUGGAAAGAGGUGAGGUUGGUUGCCACGCAGCUUCCCCCAAAGAACGGUUUGUCAUCUCCACUGGCCGCCCUGUGCAGCCGCAUGAAGACAUGCCGGCAGAUUUCUGUUGCCCUCCAGGACAGGUGUUCUGCGCGAUGGGUGUUGUGUUAAAGCGUUUUGGAUUCUGUAAAAUCUGCUCACAUUCUUUGCUGGAUUUGUUUAGCGCAGGAGUUUCCCGGCACCGAUGGGUUCCUCUCACAGCCGAAAUUGCAGAACUGCUGGGCAUAGCCAAAGAGGCUGCUUCGCCAGACGCCGCUGCUCAGGAGUGGAAAGACGUUGGCCUUGAAGAUGAAAAAGCAGUGCAGCUCACCCAGAAUGCAGCGGGCGACUAUGUCCCAUCAGAAGAUGGGUACCCUGUGAGGCUCUUGGAUGGCAAGAUGAGCCGCCUACGGUUCAAACGUUCUCCUGCGUCGACGUCUGGGUUUGAAGCUCAGUGGCGCGUUGCCAACAGAAGCUUUGCCAUUCCAGCAGAGUGCUCCCUGACGGCCGCUGUCUCCCGAGUGACUGCCUACUUCGACCAACCUCACCAAGUCAUUGCCCUCACUCCGGAGGCGGAGUCUUGGCACAUGUCCUACCAAGGUGGAAUGAAUGUGCAAGCCCAUCUGUCUCGCGAAUCAGGGGAUGUUCAGGGUGGCGCUCGCUUUGGAGCCGCUCCGUGGCAAGUGGGAGUUUUGGCGGCUUUGCUCCUGGUGUUUGAAAUCUUUGUGGGUGCGCGCAGUGUUGAAGCAGGGAUUUGCAGGUCACUCCAGAUCAUUGCCAAAGGGCCUAUGCUCUGCUCCAAUUGGUUUCUUGGCACUUUGUUUCUUGUUUGUUUAUUUUCAAAAACCCAAGAUCUGUGGUUGGCGCUAUAUUCGCGAAUUCAGGUCCAGAAGCUGAAGCAUAUUGCUUUGGGAGAUGCAGCCGCUAGCCCAGACCAUUUUCCCCAGCAGCCAAGUCCGCAACCUGCUUUCGAUUUGGCAACUUUGCGUGUUCCUUAUCAGACGGAAGAUUUUGCUUCGACCCAGCAUGGUCCCGGACUUCGACUUCCCCAAGCUGGCGAGGAAGAAGAAUUUGAACUUGAACCUGAAGAAGAAGAUGCGGAACCUGGGCCCAACUCGCUUGAAAGGCCUCCAGACAGCGUGGCCGAAGUCGUGGAGGACCUACCGCCCCAAGAUCCACCCGCAGGCGAAAAGCCGCUGGUUCUUGAUGAAGUGCGGGCAAGUGAUUUUGGUUUUGGCGAGAAUGGCGUCGCAGUCCAGCCUGACGGUCUCUUCAGCCGUCACUGGACAGACCGGGCAAUCCUGAAGCACACCUUGCUGACCGGCAAGCCAAAGAUGACUCGCAAAGAAGCGUGUGACAAAAUGCGCACCAGCAGGGAGCAGGGCCGCCGCAAAGCGCUUCCGAAAGAGAAAUGGACAGCGGUCAUGGCGGCAGCCGCAGAGCAGCAUUCCAGCAUCCUUCAGCUCCAGGGUGAGACUUUGUGUUUGAAAGUGAUCCCAGACACAGCGCAGGGCAAGGUGAAGUACCACAAUGAACUGAUGAGGGCUUGUGGGCUGACUUUGCGGGAGCUGGUGGCCGCCAUGGAGAAAGCAUCCAGCAACCAGGAAAGGAAGCGCCAGGAAGAUCGGCGCAAACGGCCCAGAGAUGAGGAGUGA